CUUUUAAUCUCCAGAUGCCAAAUAUUGGUACAACAUGGCCCAGAAACAAUUGGACAAAACCAUAAAGAAUGCCAAGAAAAAUCAUGAAGAUGGCUAUAGACGUAAAGCGAGAAAUAUUAUCAUAUUUGUGGGCGAUGGCAUGGGUCUAACGACUAUAACAGCGGGACGUAUCUACAAGGGACAAUAUUUAAAACAUGGAUUUGGCGAGGAGGAAAAAUUGACAUUUGAUGAAUUCCCCUACACAGGUCUGGCCAAGACCUACAAUGUGGACAAACAAGUCCCAGAUUCUGCAGGUACUGCCACGGCUAUGUUUUGUGGCACUAAGGCUGAUUAUGGUGCCAUUGGCAUGGAUGUACACCGUUCCAAGACAGAUGCCAACCAGGGACGUUUGACGUCCAUUAUGGAUUGGGCCCAGGCCGAGGGUAAACGUACCGGUAUAGUGACAACAACACGUAUUACACACGCCACACCUGCAGCUACAUAUGCCCGUGUCUAUCAUCGUGAUUGGGAAUGUGAUUCAGAAGUGCCACCCGAGGCCAAAGGUAUUCACACGGAUAUAGCCCGCCAGUUAAUAGAAAAUUCUCCAGGCAAUAAAUUUAAUGUAAUUUUGGGAGGAGGUCUCAGCCCCUUGGGCGCUCCUAACACGAAUGAAAAGAAAACACAACCAUGGGAAGGUGGUACCGAAAAGGUUUGUAGCCGUACAGAUGAUCUAAACCUAACACAGAAAUGGCUGGAAAAUGGCAGGAUACGAAAUGAGAAUCGUGUAUUUGUUCAAAAUGCAGAGGAAUUGGAAGAGGUUAACUUUAAAAAGGUCAAUCGUUUGCUGGGCUUAUUCCGUAACAAUCAUAUCACAUAUGCCAUAGGCAAGGAAAAAGGAGAACCUUCGCUUAAAGAAAUGACUGAGGCGGCCAUCGAAGUGUUAGAGCGUGAAGAUUCUAAUGGUUAUGUUCUCAUGGUUGAAGGUGGCCGCAUUGAUCAGGCCCAUCAUCAGAACUAUGCUCAUGCCGCUCUGCAUGAAGUCUAUGAAUUUGAUCGUGCCAUUGAAGCUGCCCUCGAGAACACAAAUGCUGAAGAGACUCUUAUACUAGUAACAGCGGAUCAUUCACAUGCUGUGACCCUAAAUGGUUAUCCUAAAAGAGGUUCUGAUAUUUUAGGAUUUGCCAACAAAGCCUCAGAUCCUAUGCCUUAUGAAACCAUAAUGUAUGCCAAUGGCCCUGGUUUUUAUGAUCAUUUGGCCAAUGAUACCUCGCUGGGAAAUAAUCCCAUUAAUUUUUGGAAAAACUUUUCAACCAUAAGCCAGGAACAACGUAAUUCGCUCACAUAUCGUCAUAUGUCUACGGUGCCCCUUAAGGAUGAAACUCAUGGCGGCGAGGAUGUCAUUGUCUUUGCCAAUGGACCUGGUUCGAGUUUGGUACGAGGAGUUUUCGAGCAACAUUACUUAGCCUGGGUCAUGAGCUAUGCAGGUUGCAUGGGUCCAGCAAAGGAUUUCGAUGAAACUUGCCGUAAAGGUGCCCAAAGUUCCGCCAUGCUAGCAGCAAUGCCUUUAAUGACGCUCAUCCUGGCUGUUUGUUUAGUACAGUUUUUUAAGUAAAAUUUUGUUUUGUUUUUCUGUUUUAAGUCUUUAUAAUUAGAAUGUUUUAAUUUGUUGUAAAUAUUAUUUAAAAAAAAUUAAAUAAUUGGCUGUAAAUGUGUAUAAAAUAGUACUUGUUGAACUUAGAAUUAAAAAAGACUUGAAUGAAAAAAAUGCUGUCUUGUCAUUGCAGUA